AAUUAACAAAACACACAUAAUACGGUGUUACAGUAUCGUUUUCUCCAUUUGUUAACAAAUUGUCCGGAGCCAAACUUCACGUCAGUUGUUUCCAGUCGGCAUGUUUUUGUGAACGUACCAGCCUCGCCCGACAACCACAACAAACGGAAAGCUCAUCGGGUCAUGGAGUUCGCAGAGCUGAUAAAAACACCCAGGGUGGACGGGGUGGUCCUGCACCGGCCCUUCCUGCCCACCGUGGAGGGGACCCUGUGUCUCACUGGUCACCACCUCAUCCUCUCCUCCAGACAGGACAACACGGAGGAGCUGUGGCUGCUCCACUCCAACAUAGACUCCACAGAGAAGAGAUUUGUGGGGUCUCUCGGAAGCAUUAUUGUCAAAUGCAAAGACCUGAGGGUGAUCCAGUUGGACAUCCCUGGUAUGGAGGAGUGUCUCAACGUCUCCAGCUCCAUUGAGGCCCUGUCCACACUUGAUUCCCCAUCCCUGAUGUACCCUUUCUUUUACCGGCCCAUGUUUGAGGUCAUAGAAGAUGGCUGGAAGUCUUUCCUUCCACGGAAUGCCUUCAAAGAUUUGGAGUCUAUGACUGAUGAGUGGCGGUUGAGUGAAGUCAACAAGGACUUUACCGUGUGCCAGACAUAUCCCCCUCUAGUGGCGGUGCCCAAAGACAUCGAUGACGACACACUAAGAAAAGUAGCAACCUUUCGUCACAGUGGCCGCUUUCCUGUCCUUAGCUAUUACCAUAAAAAGAACGGCAUGGUGAUGAUGCGAGCAGGACAGCCUCUGACUGGAACCAAUGGGCGACGGUGUAAGGAAGACGAAAAGCUGAUCAACGCCACUCUGCGGCCCGGAAAACGUGGCUACAUCAUUGACACGCGCACCAUCAAUAUUGCUCAGCAGGCCAAAGCUCGAGGCGGAGGGUUUGAGUCUGAGGGUAACUACCCCCAGUGGAGGAGGAUCCACAAGACCAUUGAAAGGGCUAAUGUCCUCCAGGAGGGUCUGAUAAAGCUGGUAGAAGCAUGUAACGACCAGUCACACAGCAUGGACCGCUGGUUAAGCAAACUGGAGGCUUCCAGCUGGCAGACUCAUGUCAAGGAGAUCCUCACCACUGCUUGUCUGGCUGCUCAGUGUAUUGACAGAGAGGGAGCAUCAGUGCUCGUUCAUGGUACAGAAGGGACAGACUCGACUCUGCAGGUGACCUCCUUGGCUCAGAUCAUCCUCGAUCCAGCCUGCAGGACCAUCAGAGGCUUCCAGGCCCUGGUGGAGCGAGAGUGGCUCCAGGCGGGUCACCCGUUCCGGCAGCGCUGUGCCCAGUCAGCCUACUCCAACAACAAGUCCCGCCAAGAGGCGCCUGUCUUCCUGCUCUUCUUGGACUGUGUGUGGCAGAUCCUUCGCCAGUUUCCCUGCUCCUUUGAAUUCAGCGAGAGUUUCCUGGUGCUGCUCUUCGAACACUCCUAUGCUUCUCAGUUUGGUACUUUCCUGGGAAACAGUGCAGCCGAAAGAGCCAAACUGUCUCUGCCUGAGAAGACCGUGUCCCUUUGGUCAUGGGUGAAUCGGCCCCAGGAGCUGGAGCGUCUUACCUACCCGCUCUAUGAAGCCAACAGUCUGGUGAUCUGGCCCUCUGUGGCCCCUCAGAGCCUGCUGCUAUGGGAAGGUGUGUUCCUUCGCUGGAACCGCUCCCCCAAGUGUUUGGACGAAGCCUACGAAGAAAUGGUUCAUAUAAUUGAAUACAACAAGGAGCUACAGAACAAAGUAAACAGCCUCCGCAGGCAGCUUGCCCAGCUGGAAACUGAAGAUCCUCUCCUUCAAACACCAUAGUGAGUGUGACAGAGACUGCGGGAGGUAGAAAAUGUAAAAAAUAUAUACAAAUAUAAAAGCAGAUGUGAUUCAGUCUGGUUUUAGGCUUCUUGUGCUGAUUGUUUUUACUUUUUUUUCCCCUGACCACAUGAAAAAGGGAAGUGAAAUUGACCCUAUGACUCCACUAGGUGAACUCCUGUAAUUUGUAAUUCUAGAGAAUGUCUGGAACAUUGGGUCAGGAAAAGUUGUCUUUCCAAAUUGACAUUUUCUAGAACUACGACUUUGUUUCUAAUUUAGUUUUGUAUCCGUUGCUUGCUAGAAAAUAAAUUAAAACAUCCACUCAAAUUCUCCGGACAUCUUCCUGCUGUAUUUUGCUUGCGGGCUGGUAGGAAAAGUUGUUAGGAGAAAAUGUGAGGAGCAUCUGACUCGGACAUUUGCUCUUCUUCGGAGAUUCAGUGUAUGCCUGAAAGCAGCUUCACUGACUUUCAUUCACACACACAGAUAUCUUGAGUGAGUGAGGCCUUUUAAUCCCGAAACCUACACGUCAGACUCCUGACUGUUCAUGGGCAUUUACGUAUCUUGUCGAGGAAAGAGAUACGGGGUCAUUGGAAGGACAGUAUGAGAGGUUCACUUACGUCAGGCUGCACAUUUUUCUUCUAACCAUCCUGUUGAAUGUACAUGCAGCUGAAGCACUGCAGAGUAACUAUGGCAACAUAUAGGUUGCUGUAAAGCAGCAUGUGACUGCUACACGUUCAGAUGACAUAAUAAGCGUAGGAAGGGUCUACGCCUACUGUGCUUUACAAUGAGACUCUUGUUUAAUAUGAUGCUGAGCAAAAUAUCCUGAUUGUUGUACAUUUGUCAGAUCACCACUUUUACAUUCCAGUAGCAUGAACACUGAGUUUACACAGACUAAUAACAUUGAAAGAUUUAUUUGAUAAAACCUCAUAAAACUAUAAUAUCACCUUGCUUUGAAAUGCCAUUGUUUUCAAUCUCAUCACGCAUAAUAGUAAACUACUGUAAUAUGUUUGAGAGGAAAAUGUGGGAAACGAUGAUACGGAGGGUACUGUUGUCAUGGUUACGACAACACGCGCCUGAUUAUCAGCGAGACUUGAUGAAGGUGAUCACAUGGAGAUGUGUAUGCGUCAUGUGAGAUGCUGUUUUAAAGACCUAAUGCACUUUGUCUGAAAAGCAUUUCAAUUAUUCAAUGUGGGAAGCCAAUAUACUAAACUUCAGUAUUGGAAACAUGAUUAUCCUCUAAUUAUAAUGAUUGUAAUUAGCAUUCGUUUCUGUUAUAGCGCUCACCAGCAGAGGCUACCAAAGACAGUAGAUGUCUUCAUAUUAAGUGUGAAAAGAUGCUAAUAUUUUCAGCUAAUUUUAACACAAACUCCGUUACUUGAAUUCUGUGUCAUGGGAAAGUUCACAUCUGUGUCAACUCCUGCAUCCGAAGUAACAAUUUUCUCACCGAGCCCGAACUCAUCAUUACGAAAGCCCAUGGUCUGAAACACAGUUGCUGGUUCUCAAGCUUAAAUUGCACUGUCAUUAGAGAAGCAGCUAAACAUGUUUAAAAGGAUCUGACCUAAAUUCUGCUGGCAUGGCGACAUCAAAGUUCAUCUGCCCCAGUGCUGCCCAUGGAUAAAAGCUUUUUGUGGCCUUAAACUAUAAAUACAACUUAACUGUCAACUCGAGGAUGAAAAAGACGAUGUUUGGGUAAAAUUUGAUCCAGUUUUCAUCGUUGCUCUUUUUUCUUUUUGUUUUGCCAGUAUUUUCAUCCUCUUCCUUGCCAUCUUUAGAAAAAUUCCAAUGUUUGCUACCAGAAUAAUGUAAUAUUCACACUACGCCCCUCUGCUUUGUUAAGGGAAUGUUUACAUGUAUAUUUCGUGCCUGCACUAUAUAACGUUCCCUUCAACCAAAAACACAUGCUGGAUGCUUCUUGUGCAAAUGAACAGAACAGUGAUUUAUUGUUAUAAACUCACGUCUUGUGUUACUCUUCAAAACGAUUGUUGCUUCGUCAAAAAGUCAACAAAACUCUAACAGGUUAUCAGCAUUGUUGACAAAUAACAGUUCUGCCUGCUGUUGUUGUUAUUGUUGUACUUUUUCAACUUUUGUGCAAUGUCUUACUGUGAAAUCAGACUACAAAAUAUACAUUUGUUUUUUUUUCUCUGUAAAAUUACAUUAUUGUUCAAAUUCUGAUUUUAUAUUUUUAUUUAAGUUUCAAGCCAUUAAAAAAUCUAGCACAAAAGA